AUGGUGCAACCCUAUGUCACCGUCGCUGUCCAGUCGCACGUCCCCAUGAAGCUGGAGCUUCGAUCCUCCAACUACACCAAGUGGAGCUCCUUCCAGGCCAUGUGCGGCAAGUUCAGUCUCCUUCGCCACAUCGACGGAACUCCCCCACCUGAUCCGUGUAUCGACACUUGGAAAGAGGCAGACUACUGUGUUCGCAGCUGGCUGUACGGAUGUGUCUCCGACUCCAUCCACGACUUCGCCAUGGCACCAGACCAGACGGCGUUCCAACUCUGGACAGCCAUUGCUGCCCAUAUCCAGGGUGAUCUCUCCAUUGAAGACUACAGCAAGAAGAUGAAGAAAGCGGUCGAUGCCCUUCGCGACGUCGGCCAGCCUGUUCCGGAGGGCAUGCUCGUCCUCAAUCUCCUUCGUGGCGUCGACCCACGGUUCAGCAACACCACCGAUUUCAUUGCCGCCACCCCAACAUGA